AAAGUUUUGGUACUUUGCCAGGCAACUCCGAUGGCCCUUGAUCUUCAUGCCAGCAUUGUCUACAAUUCGCAUUAUCAGACUCAUCUUUCGAAGGUACCACGGCUUCUAGCUUGCUUGCCACCGUUUCGGUCUGCAUCACUUUCGACGGGAGGACGUGUGAUUUGCACUAAUGUUGGUCUUUGGGUCGGCUCACGCGUCUGCCUGCAAACGACACUCCAUUCGUUGGAUCCAGACAGUCCCUGCUUAUCCGGUGAUUUUGGUUAA